UUAUCAUAUGACUUUGAAAGUAAUAUUUUAAAAUUUAAUUAAGGCGAUAUUUUUAACAGGAAAAAUCAAUGCAGAUAAUUUUUUUGUGGAAAACCCAUUUUCGCGCUGGUAUUUACUGCGAAUAGACGGAUAAUCAAAACAUAAAUAGUAUCAGAUAGUUUAUAGAAUUAUAAUUAUAAUUGUUUUGCUGAAACCUUGAAAAAAUAUGCUGUUUUUUGCGGUUUAUACAUGAGUAAUUUUUUUAGUUGGACAUCUUUUAAUACUAACUUUUACGCUAUAUAGGUGUAGCAGAUUUUUAAAGUAAAAAUUAAGAAGAGAUUUAAAUGUGUGAAAUGAAUAUUUUUACUUAUGUGGGUGAUGUUUUCCAUCUGGCAGCCAUUUUAACAUUAUUAGCAACAAUAAAACUUAACAAUUCUUGUGCAGGUGUAUCAUUCAAAACACAAAUCCUUUUGGCUAUAGUUUUUACUGUAAGAUAUUUGGAUAUAUUUUUGGGAAACUUUUCGAAAUAUUUGUAUUUGGAUUUUAUGAAGUCUUUGUUUAUUGCACUUUCGUACACUACUUUGGCUAUAAUUUAUUUCAAUUAUUAUUCUUCAUAUGAACGAAGCAAGGAUAACUGUUCGAUUAUUUAUAUACUCUUGCCUACGUUAUUGUAUGGAUUCCUAUUGAAUUAUGUCACUUUGGAAUAUGGAGUUAAUAGUUGGAAACAAUUUUUACUGCAUCCCCUUGAGAUUUCCUGGGCUUUUAGUAUUUAUCUGGAAGCCCUGGCCAUUAUCCCUCAAUACUUGAUGAUCUUGAACACGAAAAAUGGCGAGCCUGUACGCAAAUACAUCAUUUUCUUGGCACUGUACAGAAUUUUUUACAUCGGUAACUGGAUCUAUCGAUAUUUUAAUGAAAACCACAACGAUCCAAUAUCAUUCUUCUCCGGUUUGCUGCAAGUCACCAUUUUGCUGAAAGCAACCAUUGCUAUACGCCAUUUUGGUGUAGUGAGUGCCAAAAAGCAGUUACUGACUGAGAUAUUUACUAUACAAGCCAGGAAGAUCAUACAGGAAAAGCUCAGUAUUGCUGAGAAUUAUAGUAGUUCUGAUAAGGAACAAUUAAUUCAAGAAAAAGUCUAAAAUUGUAAAUUAUUGUAAGUUUUACACUGAUCAGUGUUUAUACAGAGUGUUUCAAAAUCGGCUUUGACCAUUGUAAUCUCGGGAACGGUAAGAGAUACACAGAGGGUGGCUUAAAUUGAGACAAAGUUGCAUAUUAGUGGGCACAAUGAUAAUCCGUUUAGUAAUUGAACUUAUCUUACUUAAUUUGAUGACUUGAGAGCUAUGACGUCCCAGUUCAUCCAAAAAUCAUCCUUAAUGUUCUUUAAAAUCAGAUGGCCAAUGUCUUUUAAGUCUUAUUGUAGGUACUGGUUCAAGUAGAAGUUGAAGUAAGGUAUUAGUGUGAUCGUGUAGUCUAUUGAAAUGUAUUUUGCUCCGAGUUUGGAUAACUUCUUUGACGUACGGAAUUUCUAAGUCUUCAACAUAUAACAACAAUAUUAAGACUAUAUUUGAUUUAUUAGCGCACCCCCAGAGUUCUGCUCCAUAUGUCCAAAUAGAUAUUAUCAUGGUUUUAUA